GCCCCGACGAGUUUGCUGAAUAACUCAAAGCGCCCUUCCCCUCCAGCAGGGAGACUAAGGGAGUGAGAAUAAAGACAGAUAGCGGAUCGAGCCACGGGAAGGAGAGGAAGGAGGGAGGGAGGGGGGCGGAAAGCCAAAGAAAGUUUCUGCCUAACUUUGCUAUUGCUGCUGCCACCGUAGAUCAGCAGCUAUGCUGGGGGUGGACGGCGUGCUGGAGCUUGGAGGGCUCAGAUCGCCUUAGGAAAGGCAGGAAGGGGGGGGGGGAAAGGGAGCUGGAAAGAUUUAGGGCGCAAGGAAAACGGAGAGGAGCUCCCACUCCCUCCCUUCUCCCCCACCCCCUCUGGUAGGGGCCCACGAGGAAGCCGUGCAGGGUAGCAAAAGCCCCCCACAGGGAGGAGGAGGAAAGUUGAUCCAGAGGGGAGGGGAGGGGGAAAGACCAUCUCCGAGUGGGGCAGCUUCGGGUGGGCAAGGAUGAGCCUGUUGUCAGCCAUCGACACCAGCGCUGCCUCCGUCUACCAGCCCGCGCAACUGCUCAACUGGGUCUAUCUGUCCCUGCAAGACACGCACCAGGCCAGCGCCUUCGAUGCCUUCCGACCGGAGCCUUCGUCGUCUCAGCACCCGGAGCUGAGCUACCCCAGCAAGAGCAGCGCCGAGCUGGGUUCCUCCCUCAGCUCCAGCUAUCUUAACAGCUUCUUCCAGCUCCAAAGGAACGAGGCACUGAGCAGCAGCCUCUAUAAGAGUGCCUCUCCCUAUGGCUCCCUUAAUAACAUAGUCGAUGGCUUGAGCUCCCUCACCGAACAUUUCUCCGACAUAUCCCUCUCCUCCGAAGCCAGAAAGCCUAGCAAGAGACCACCACCCAACUACCUGUGCCAUCUUUGUUUCAACAAGGGACACUACAUCAAGGACUGCCCACAGGCACGUCCAAAGGGAGAAGGCCUGACACCGUACCAGGGGAAGAAACGCUGCUUUGGUGAAUACAAAUGCCCCAAGUGCAAGAGAAAAUGGAUGAGUGGAAAUUCCUGGGCCAACAUGGGACAAGAAUGUAUCAAGUGCCACAUCAAUGUGUAUCCUCACAAGCAGAGACCCCUGGAAAAGCCCGACGGCCUGGAUGUUUCUGAUCAAAGUAAAGAACACCCUCAGCAUCUCUGUGAGAAAUGUAAAGUGUUGGGGUACUACUGCCGCCGUGUGCAAUAAAUCAACACAGGGAUCACCUCUGCCACCACGUUUUUAGAUCCUCUGGCAGCAAACAGUCAAAAGGAAAGAGGAGGGGAGGAAAAAUGAACAUCAGACAACAACCCCAAACAUCACCAAUAUUGCCUAUCAACAAACUAAUAAUACGCCUUACCUUUAAUAGAAUGUAACCCUUUUCCUGUGUAUGUGUAUACGUGCAAGUUGUA